CAAAUAUGGAAGCAGAGAUGCGUGCUUUACUGGAUGGCCUUUCUCUAAUCUAUGAUUAUGGCUUGGAGGUUUAUGACUGGGAAAUUGAGACAGAUUCUCAGGUCGUAUUGGACAUGAUUACCAAAAAAUUUAACCCAUCAUGGCGCUUAUGGGCUCUUACAGAUCAAAUUUUUCCUCUUUUACAGUCUAUGGACUGUCGAAUACAACAUGUGUAUAGGGAAGGGAAUUCGGUGGCAGAUGCUUUGGCUAACCAAGGGGUUAUGGAUCAGUGUACUUGUUUAUACUUGAAUCAGGGUGAGCUGCCUAUCUCUAUCAGACUUUUCCUGCAACAUGAUCAGCGUGGGAUCAGGGCAAUUUUAUUCUUGGGAUAGCAUUUGGGAUCUGACCUUGUUUCAUUCUGCUCUGCUUCUACGGUUGGAACUCUACAAGGAUGGCCUUGGUCUCUGGAAUUUCUGGAUUAAUCACAGGAGCCUUCUGCUAUUCUGUGGGUAUGAGGAGGAGAUUUUCUAUUCUGUGGUUGUGAGGAUGUGCACUAUCUUAUUCUGUGGUUCUAGCUGGACUCUCAUCUUCUUUGCUCCUCUGAGGAUCUUCUUGACGUUGUUGGAUAUUAGUCUUCUCCUAUGGACUCAUAAUCUGGAUGGUUACGAGAAUGGGGAUCAUUAUUUUGAUCCUCAUUUUUGGCAUGUUCAUCUCUUUGUCUGUUCUUCGUCAGUUGGACAAGAAGGCCCUCAGGCAGAGUUUUUCUAUUCAUCUACUUUAUCAGAAAGGCGGAUGAACCUUUCCUUUCAACUGCCUUAUCUGAUGGCUCUUAACCUGCCUUAUCUGAUGGCCAUUCAUCUGCCUUUAGCUUGUAUUUAA